UACAUCGAGAAACCACCCACUGUGGAGAAAUGCAACCUGCUGGCCAAGCAGUUGCUUUACACUAUUCUUACUAGCAUUCCUGGUCGAUGUGAGUCAUUUUGGAAGGAAGUUGAUUACGUGAAGCACGUGUGGAAGAACAGCCAGGAACUGAAGGUUGAGGAUGCUGACAUUGCUGCUUUGUUUGGGCUGGAGUGCUUUGCAUGGUAUUGUGUUGGUGAGAUUGUGGGAAGGGGAUUCACAUUCACUGGUUACUAUCCCUGA